AUGAGCGACAAUGAGGAUGAACUGGACUGGAGGGCGUUGGUAGAGUAUGCAGGGAUCGAGGACGUGCCUAGAGGGCAGCAAGAUGCAUUCAUACGGAGCGCUCGCGCCGAGAUUCAAACCCAAUUGCGGUCGGCGUUGGAUCAGUUGCGCUCAGCGUUUCCCGUCGAGUUUGGCUCCAUCAAAGCCGUACGAGACCCGGACGACAUGUCAGAGGUCUUUUCGGAAUUGCUGGACUUGAUACCAGAGGACAAGAGACCCCUUGUCCGCAUUCCGGCAGGGAUUUCAGAGUUUCUUUUACUGACGCACGACACGGAGGCGUCUCCGGACGCGGAUUUUGGUUUGCCCGUGGUGGGUGGUGAUAUUCACCCGACCGAAUCAAGUCUUGUGAGGAUUGAGAUGGACUAUGAUGAGGAACUGGAUGUUAUCGGACAGGAGAUGGGGUUCUGGGUGUGCCUGGUCAAUGGAUCGAAAAAGUCAAAGGUGGCAUUUGGAAAUGUUUACUAUGGGGAUUUGGAAGGCAAGGAAGCGGUUGCACCCGUGUCAGAGUCGUUUGAAGCCUUUUUCGUGCAGUGGAGUGAAUUCAUGUGCCAAGCAUUUGCGGAUGCAAACAGCCAAGAGGAAAAGAAGGAGGCUUUACAAAAUUUUUACACGCAAUUUGAACAGUGA